CGGACACAUUUAAAGCACCGGGCUCGUUUCCUGUUUCAUCUGGGUCCAAACACUCGCGAGAAACGGCGUAACUUCCUCUUCGCACGGAACAUUCGUCCAAGAUGUCUCUGGUCAUCCCUGAGAAGUUCCAGCACAUUCUUCGUGUUCUGAACACGAACAUCGAUGGAAGGAGGAAGAUAGCCUUCGCCAUCACUGCCAUCAAGGGAGUUGGCAGACGUUACGCCCAUGUGGUCCUGAGGAAAGCCGACAUCGACCUGAACAAAAGAGCCGGAGAGCUCACUGAGGAGGAGGUGGAGCGUGUGGUGACUAUCAUGCAGAACCCUCGUCAGUACAAGAUCCCAGACUGGUUUCUGAACAGACAGAAGGAUGUGAAGGACGGCAAAUACAGCCAGGUUCUUGCUAACGGUCUGGACAACAAACUGAGAGAGGAUCUGGAGAGGCUGAAGAAGAUCCGGGCUCACCGCGGCCUCAGGCAUUUCUGGGGCCUGCGUGUGCGCGGUCAGCACACCAAGACCACGGGCCGUCGUGGUCGCACUGUGGGAGUGUCCAAGAAGAAGUAAUCUGCUCUGUUUCAAUAAAAUAGAAAAAA